CUGUUGCUGCUGUACCCGUACUCUGCGCUUACGUGUUCGUCCGUUAAGACUGAUAGGACGGAUAGAAAGUCUCAAGUCACUUUCCCUAGUAUCCAGGUCGGAAGGGGAUCCUCCGCUACUCGCUCCAAAUAUGCAGAACAGCACUGGCUUCCCUUUCUGUGGAAGCCUAAGGUUGGCGCCCUGUCAGGAGUUGUAGUAUCAAGAUUCCAGUUCUUACGCGACUUGGCAGAGAAACAGGAAAUAGCUUUUCUCAGGCUCUAUUCCACCUACUGGCUCACCACUUCAGGGGAACCAUGGCCACAGACUCCACAGCCACUGCCGCCAUCGCCGCGGAGCUGGUUUCUGCCAAAAUUGAAGAUGAUGUUCCUGCUCCUUCUACUUCUGGGGAUAAAGUACAGAGUCUGGAUGUGGAUAGUGAAGCUAAGAAAUUACUGGGUUUAGGACAGAAACAUCUGGUGAUGGGGGAUAUUCCAGCAGCUGUCAAUGCAUUCCAGGAAGCAGCUAGUCUUUUAGGUAAGAAGUAUGGAGAGACAGCUAAUGAAUGUGGAGAAGCCUUCUUUUUCUAUGGGAAAUCACUUUUGGAAUUGGCAAGAAUGGAGAAUGGUGUGUUGGGAAAUGCCUUGGAAGGUGUGCAUGUGGAAGAGGAAGAGGGAGAAAAAACAGAAGAAUCUCUGGUAGAAAAUAAUGAUAACACAGAUGAGGAAGCAAGGGAAGAGUUGAGAGAACAGGUUUAUGACGCCAUGGGAGAAAAAGAAGAAGCAAAAAAAACAGAAGACAAGUCUCUGGUAAAGCCUGGAACUGAUAAAGAACAGGAGAGUGAAGUGGAAAAGGGUGGAAGAGAAGAUAUGGAUAUAAGUGAGCCUGCAGAGGAGCUACAGGAAAAAGUUGAAUUGAUUCCAGAUCAGUUAAUUGAAACCUCUGAAGAGGCAAAAGGAUCAGCAGCACCAGGAGGACUAAAUGAAACUGAGGUCAUUUCUGGGAAACCAGAACAGGAAGCACCAGAUGCUGAGGAAGAAAAAUCAGUUUCUGAAACUGAUAUCCAGGAGGAAUGCAGAGAAAAAGGAGGUCAGGAGAAGCAGGGAGAGGUAAUUGUGAGCAUAGAGGAGAAACCAAAAGAAGCUUCAGAAGAGCAGCCUGUUGUGGCUCUAGAAAAGCAGGGUGCUACAGUGGAGGUAGGAGAGCCUGUAGACCCUGCAGUCAAGCCAGUGGAUGUGGGUGGGGAUGAGCCAAAGGAGAAGGUAGCUUCCUCUGAAGAUGAGACAGGAAAGGCUGUUCUUGAGCAGCUGGUAGAGCAGGAAGUACCUGUUGUUGAAGAGUCAUCAGAGGUGACAACAGAGGCUGCAGAGGCCUCAGCUAUGGAUGGUGGAUCAGAAGUUUCUGAGAAGCCUGGGCAGGAGGCCAUAGUUCUUAAGGAUGAUGCAGUCAAUGGACUGCCAGCUGCAGGAGAUCAGACUCCCAUUGAAUCACAGAAUACUUUAGAAAGACUGACAGAGACAAAAGAUGGUUCAGGACUAGAGGAUAAGGUGAGGACAAAGUUGGUUCCUAGCCAGGAGGAGACUAAGCUCUCCAUAGAAGAGUCUGAGGCAGCUGGAGAUGGGGUUGAUACCAAGGUAGCCCAGGGAGCUACUGAGAAAUCACCUGAAGACAAAAUUAAGAUAGCUGCUAAUGAAGAGACACAAGAGAGAGAAGAACAGAUGAAAGAGGGUGAAGAAACUGAAGGCUCAGAAGAGGAGGAUAAAGAAAAUGACAAGGCUGAAGAAACACCACAUGAUUCAGUUUUUGAAAACAAGGAAAACGAAGAGGAGGAGAUUGGAAACCUAGAGCUUGCCUGGGAUAUGCUGGAUUUAGCAAAGAUCAUUUUUAAAAGGCAAGAAACAAAAGAAGCCCAGCUUUAUGCUGCACAGGCACAUCUUAAACUUGGAGAAGUUAGUGUUGAAUCUGAGAACUAUAUCCAAGCUGUGGAGGAGUUCCAGGCUUGCCUAACCCUGCAGGAGCAGUACCUGGAAGCCCAUGACCGUCUCCUUGCAGAGACCCACUACCAGCUGGGCUUGGCUUAUGGGUACAACUCUCAGUAUGAUGAAGCAGUGGCACAGUUCAGCAAGUCUAUUGAAGUCAUUGAGAAGAGAAUGGCUGUACUAAAGGAGCAGAUGGAGGAGGCUGAAGGAUCACCUACUGAAUACAAGAAAGAAAUUGAGGAGCUGAAGGAACUGCUACCUGAAAUUAGAGAGAAGAUAGAAGAUGCAAAGGAAUCUCAGCGUAGUGGGAAUGUAGCUGAAUUGGCUCUGAAAGCUACUCUGGUGGAAAGUUCUACUUCAGGUUUCACUCCUAGUGGAGGCGGCUCUUCAGUCUCUAUGAUUGCCAGUAGAAAGCCAGCAGAUGGUGCUUCAUCAUCAAAUUGUGUGACCGAUAUUUCUCACCUUGUCAGAAAGAAGAGGAAACCAGAGGAAGAGAGCCCCCGGAAAGAUGAUGCAAAGAAAGCCAAACAAGAGCCGGAGAUGAAUGGAGGCAGUGGGGAUGCUGUCCCCAGUGGAAAUGAAGUUUCGGAAAACAUGGAGGAGGAGGCUGAGAAUCAGGCUGAAAGCCGGGCAGCAGUGGAGGGGACAGUGGAGGCUGGAGCUACAGUUGAAAGCACUGCAUGUUAAGAGGGGGCAGAGCCUUCCUCCCAAGGGAAAGUGUUUUUGUAUAUAAUGUAUUUUUUCACUUUUGGGGGAUUCUUUUUGUAUAACUUCAAUAAAGAUUGUAAGCAAAGGUUCAGGCUUUGAUGUUUUUUUCUUAAUUAUUGGCUGAAUAUGUGCCUUGGAGCACUCCAGGUUUUAUACAGUGGCCAAAUGUACUUUUUUGGCCUUCUCCAUUGAUCUGUGUUGGAAGUUCUAAUCUCAAUUCCUGUGUGUCCAAUGUGGAAGUGAUCAAAUCAAGUGUGGCUGUAGGACCUUUGUCUUCCAAUGGUGCUAUAUUUUUUCUGUUUUCAAAUACUUGACUGAACCCAGCUAUUUUGCAAGCCUUCAGUGGUGCUGUCCCUCAAUGGUGGCUACAAAAACAAGGCUUGGUGUGACGAUCUUGCUCUUCGGUGCUAAAAAUGGAUAAUGGACUUUGGCUAUGAGCCAGGCCUUGGGUGAUACUUGUCUCAUAUACAUCUACUUUUCAACUAGAGCCACAAUCCUGUCCUGGAAAAAGAACUCUGAAGAAAAACUGGGGCUGGGGCGGGGGUGGGGAGUGAUUCCUGAGGAAAACAGUCUGUGUGUUUAAAUGUAGAGAUUUGAGCUCUCUGGUUGAAAGUGGUUGUGGGACUGAUGUGACAGACACUUUGGAUGUGGUUGGAAGAAUCUGUGGGGAGGCUGGCUGGUUGAGUUAUAUUUGUUAUUUUCUGUAUAGAAAGGUUGAAAUAUAUCAACACUUGGAAUUGUUACCCUGUCUGCAGUUUUCUCAAAUAAAGAUGA